AUGACCUCGAUUUCGGACCUUUUUCUGACUCAGUACGCGGACAUGAUUUCACAAGCUAUUCCCCUUACUGACCAGUUGCAGAUAAUCCCAGGCCAUUCCCGGCAGCGUCGUCUCAGUGCGAUCAGCUCCACAUUCCUCAGCGCUUGGCGGCGCUGUUGGACGAGCGCUGAGUUCCCCACAGCCCGGAGGCGGUGCCGCACCAUGUCGUACCACUCGUCAACUUCUCCUAUACCUGACACCGAACAGCUCAAAAGCUUGGGCCGGCAAUCUCCAACAAUCUCGACGACUCUAAUCAGCGAGAGAACACCGGGUCUCCACCGCGCCCUGCAGAACCUGCUGAUUGCCCCGCAGUCUAAGAGUGCGGGCGGGAGCUAUUUGCCCAGAACAAGCGGAACCCGCAGUCCAGUCGAGCCACUCGUAUCCUCGCCUUUGCGCAUCAUUUCUUCGGCCAUGGCAUCUGCUCCAAGUUCGCCAGAGAGGCCCACAGCUGAUCCCAACGCUGUUCCCCGUAGAUCAUCUGACCAUGCCGUUGAGGCUGGUCGAACAACGGGUAGCCUCGACAUUAACGAUGAUGCAAAAUCUGAUGCCUCCUCGAAUCCUGUGGAGCAUUCAUAUGUUAAAAAGCGCUUUUUACAAGCUCGAGAUCGGUCCCAAGGCCGGAAAAGUAUGGCGGCCAUGAUGUCUGGCCGUCUCUUCCCAAGAAGCUUUUCCCGUGGCAGAGAGAGAGACUCAUCACGGGGAUCUUCCCAUCGCGGAUCAUCUCUGGACUCCAGUGCUACUCCAUCCCCGGAUCGUGGUCGCUCGAGCACCUCUGGCAGUCAUUCUGAGCAUGUGGAAACUUUGACGUCGACCCCUGCUGGUUCGGGGAAGGGGAAGCCACUCAGGAUGCACGAUGCAUUCAACAAAUCAGACGAAGCUUUAGUCAAGCCCCACGGGAGCCUGCCCGAUUAUGUCAAGCCGGCAGCCGUGGAGGAGGAAGGGGAGCGACUGGCUAAGGAUGUGUUCGAUAGCGAUAAGAACAUGAUUGAGAGCAGCGAGGAUGAAGCCAACGACACCUCGAGCGAUGAAGAUAACACUCUCGAUGAUGUACGGGGACGCAAGAAAAAGAAAGACUCGGAUAUCACAUCUAUCACGCCGAGUGAUUUCGAGAAAUCCAAAGGUGACAAUUCCAACCAACCCGCAGAACAAAAAGUUUCCGCGAAGCCAAGUCGACCACAAGAGAAAAGGCCGCGAAAAUCUGCUCUGAAAGCUGUCGUGCAUCCGCAGACUAGUUUCGACAUCCCCACCCCUCGUAUUCAGUCAGUAGCUGGCACGCCAUACGGCUCAGAGGAUGAAGCCGAAAUUGGUGAUAUCCAUCGUGCACAGAAGCUCAGCAUCUCCAUGUCAGCAAUUGAUAAUGGUGUUCACAACCGAUCUAUCCGCACGAUUGUCCGUGGGAACUUUUCAAGUCUACAGGAUCAAGGCGAUGGUACCCGUCGCCGCCGACGGAAAUAUUUGAUCGCAACCGAUCUGAGUGAAGAGUCGGUAUAUGCUCUUGAAUGGACUAUCGGCACGGUUCUAAGAGACGGAGACACAAUUUUCGCUAUAUACGUCAUGAACGAGGACUCCUCCACUGCGUCGGCAGUGCAGGUUGGCGAGGGAGCCCGAGUUAUGAAAGAUGCAACGGCCAUUGUUGGGUCCCAGACGAAGGAAGCAAACCAGAAUUCUGGAUCUCGGACGAUCUUGGGUCGGCUCGGCACUGGUACUGCCAGCAAGACACAUUCUGCAGAUUCCCGAGGAUCCUCCAUUGCCGAGGCGGAACGAGUGAGGGCAGUUGAAACUGUGUCUCAAACGUGUGUGAAGUUGUUGCGGAAGACCCUCUUGCAGGUUCGUAUUGCUGUGGAGGUAAUCCACUGCAAGAACCCGAAGUCUAUGAUUACAGAGGCUAUUGAUGAACUUGAGCCAACGCUCGUUAUUGUGGGUGCUCGAGGCCAAAGUGCUCUGAAGGGUGUCCUCCUCGGAUCAUUUUCCAACUACCUCCUUUCCAACUCCUCCGUCCCCGUAAUGGUCGCCCGCCGGAAACUGAAAAGGCACACCCGGAAAGACAAGCUAAAAGGCACCGCAAACGUGCGUCUUUCCAAUAAUCUAAUUACCCCCAAGAGCCUUUCCCAAGCCAAAGUGGAUUGA